AUGGAAAGAAUUACGACAACGCAAUCACCAAUUAUACUAAAUCGUAUGACAAUUGCGCCAUUAUUAAAAUUGUUCAGUUUACCAUUACUUACAUUGCCACCGCCNCCAAAUAUAGACACCUACGGUAUCAAUACAAUACCGGAAUUACCACCACAACAUGAAUCCAUCUAUGAGGGAAUGUUUGCACCGGAUGGUAGUCUGAUCAAGAAUAGCAUGAAAAAAACUGCCAAUGCAAAACAAACUGAAACAAAUCAGGUUUAUGAUCAAGAUCAAUUAGGACAAAAAGAUGGAAGUUCACGUGAUGUACGAGCGGCAAGUAUACGUGCUGCUGACGGUCCAAUUAUUUAUGAUGAUUAUGAUUUUUAUCCUGAUAAAAAUCAUAUGAGUAAUUAUGAACAAAGUAUGGUUAUGGCUAAUUUCUUGCGUAAACAUACAUCUCAAAACAAAAACAAUGCAGAAAUGCUAUCAGUUGAAUCUCUCGGUGAUGAUAAAAUCAGUAAUGAUAAGUCUAAUGAUGCUGCAGCGAUGAUUACUACCACAGUAUCUAAACGUGAAGGAGAAAAACCUCAUAGGAUUUUCCCGAGAUCGGAUCAAUCGCCAACACGGAUAAUUCCAGUACGAGCAGCGAAGCAAACCUCUGAGAACGGAACUAUUGUUCAAUUGCUAAAAUGGCAAAACGGAAGUUUGGAUCGGACGACAAUUCGUCCUAAUCUUCAUUUUGUUGUUCGUGACGGGGAAAUUGAGCGUAAUGAAAUUGUCAUCUCGUCUAUCGCAAAGUCUAAAUCAGUACCACAUGCAAAUUCUUUGCCAAAAAAAAGGAAUGAAGAUGGAUCACGACAUGGCAUUGCAGCGGAAUCACCCAAGUCAACUCAAAAAUUACCAACGAAGAGUUCAAUCUCCAUACAAUCUCUUGAGAAGACAACAUCAACAUCAACAACAACACCAACAGCAACAACACCAACAACAACAACACCAACAACAACAACACCAACAACAACAACACCAACAGCAACAACACCAACAACAACAACAACAUCAACAACAACACCAACAGCAACAACACCAACAACAACAACAUCAACAACAACAACACCAACAACAUCAUCAACAACAACAACAACAACAUCAUCAACAACAACAACAACAACAACGCGAACAAGAACAGGAACAACAACAACGACAACAAUCAUACCAGCAAUCAGUAUUCUUGGUUAG